UGAAACUUUACCUACAAACAAAAAGAAAAAGGCUACAAAAGUUGUAUAAAGGAGAGAGUUUAUAUUCUUAGAGAGAAUUAAGAAAGGCAAAGAAUGGGGAAAGGAAGUAUUAUGAUGAUAUUGGUGUUGGCUUUGGGGGUUUUGAGCUUAGCAAAUGCUCAAAGUGCCACAAAUGUAAGAGCUACCUAUCAUUUGUACAACCCACAAGACAUCAAUUGGGAUUAUCUUAGGGCAAGUGUUUUUUGUGCAACAUGGGAUGCCGACAAGCCUUUGGAAUGGCGUCGUCAAUACGGUUGGACUGCCUUCUGUGGCCCUGUUGGCCCUCGUGGCCGUGAUUCUUGUGGACGUUGUUUGAGGGUGACUAACACUGAAACGGGAGCUUCGGAAAUAGUAAGAAUUGUUGAUCAAUGCGCAAAUGGAGGGCUAGAUUUAGACGUGAAUGUGUUCAGGAGGAUUGAUACUAAUGGAAAUGGAAACUUGAGAGGCCAUCUUAUUGUCAACUAUCAAUUUGUCAAUUGCUAAGAUCACUAUUUUAAAUUUCAUUUCAUUCCUCCUAGAAGAAGAAAGAAAGCCAUGUUCUAAUGAAUAAAGUAUAUGAAUAAUAAUAAAGUAUGAAAUAAAGGUUAUUUUUCUUUGAUUUAA